GUUGUCAGAAAAAGAAAAGAAAAGGAACGUACUCUCCAAAUUCCAACCUCGCCGGACUUCCAACUGCCCCGGCCAAUCCACCUCGCCGAACCGCUCCAACCCAAACCCUAGACCCACACAUGGACGACCCCGCCGCCGCUUCCCUCUCUUCGUCGCCCUCCUCCUCCGACGCCUCCCCCUCGCCACGCUCCAAGCGCCGCCGCACCGACCGCUACGCGCUCGGCUUUGAGUUCGCCCCGCGCCUUACGCCCUCGGCCGCUGCUCCGGCCCCGGCCUCGCGUAGCGCGUCCGAGUGGACGGAGGACUCCACCUUCGCGCUCCUCGACGCCUGGGGCGAACGCUUCGUCUGCGCCGGCCGCCGCAGCCUCAGCGCCGACGAGUGGCUCGAGGUCUCCCACCUCGUAGCAGCCGCCGCCUCCCGCCCUGCUGGAUACUACUCCGAGGCGCAGUGUCGCAACCGCAUCGACACCCUCAGGAAGAUGUUUAGGAAAGAGAAGGAGAGGUCCCGCCUGGCUGCGCACCGCUCCAACCACCCCUCGCCCUCCAAUUGGGUCUACUUCGACAAGAUGUUGUCCCUCAUGUGCCCAACGCCGCUACCGUUGCUACCUCGUAUCGUGAAGCGCCGUCGCGACAGACAACCAGUGCCGCGUUAUUCGUGGGGUGUGGAUGUCGGGGAGUUUGUGCUGGCCGGAUGUGGCGGUGCAGGGUCGGAUGCGGAAUUGGGGGGUGAUGUGACUGGUGCACUGAAGGGGGAGGAGUUUGCAGUGCUGACGGAGUCAAUUCGGAGGUUUGGGGAGGUUUACGAGAGGGUGGAGAGUAGCAAGAGGCAGCACAUGGCGCAGUUGAAACGAAUGCGGAGGGAUAUGCAAAGGGACCUUGAGGUGAGGUGGAGAGAGAUAUUGGAGAAGGCAGAAAUGGAGAUUGAAAGUAUUGAGGAGGAGGAGGAGGGGGGGGAUAAUGCUAAGAAGAGGUUAGGAGACGACGAUGGUGGUGAAAAGCAUAACAAUGGAGCUGUGGAUGCUUCUCCGUAGCCCAGGUCCUUGAAGUUCAGCAAGUCUGAUCAUGAACUUGAUGCAGGAACAUAAUGGGGAUUUUGUGCUGAUAGCUGGACUCGUGAGGUGUUUCAGAUACAUAAUUUGGGUUUCAUGUGGAUAGUUGGAUCUGCAAGGGCUGGUUGCCUUGAUUACCAAUGGUAACUUUAGAUAUUAGGUUUGUCAGACCUCUGAGUUUAACUCAAUCUGUCUACACCCAGUGCAGAUUGUUGUAUAAUUCUCCUUUGUAGUACUUGUACGAUGCUGAACAAAAUAGUGGUGGUCACAUGAUGUUGUAUUUUCCCCCACUUAGGGACCAUCAGGGAUGAAAACUGAAUAUGAACACAGAUUCAGUACCAUGUGAUUUGGCCAGUAUUAGCUUUAGGUAAUUAGUAAUGCUAGUUUGCAGCUGCAGUUGCCCAGAUAACACAUUCAUUGCCGUUUUGCCGAC